AUGGGUGCGUUUGCUAGCUUGUUCAAGGGUCUCUUUGGCAAGAAAGAGAUGAGAAUUCUCAUGGUUGGUCUUGAUGCCGCUGGGAAAACAACAAUUCUUUACAAGCUGAAGCUUGGUGAAAUCGUCACAACUAUCCCAACAAUUGGUAUGCAACCGCUCCGACGGACGCCAUUUUAAAUUUCUUGUAGCUUUGAUACGAUGCCUUGAUCGAUGGUUCGAUAUGCAGUGUUCUUUUUAUUCACUGAUCCACGUCAAUCGAAAUGUACCACUUUCAAUUUUUGUUUAUAGGUUUUAACGUAGAAACAGUUGAAUACAAGAAUAUCAGUUUUACAGUGUGGGAUGUCGGCGGCCAAGACAAAAUCAGACCGCUAUGGAGGCAUUAUUUCCAAAACACUCAAGGUACGUAAACUAAUUAACUCACUUUUCGGUUUUCUUCUUAAAGCCUGGCUUUCAUGUCUAGGGAAAAUCCCAGAGGAUCCGGGAUUUUACUGGAAGAGAUAUGUCAGGAGGAUCAGAGAGUCUGUCCGCUUUACGGUCAUUUUGCACCCCCAGGUGGGGUACUCCGGGUUUCAAACGACAGGGAUGAUCGAAUGGGGGCAAAAAUCAAAUCCCCAAAAAAUCUCUAGGGCUUCAAACAAAACCCAAAAUCCCUGGACCAAAAUUUAACCCCCCCAAGAUCUCAUGCUGAAUUUCCGAAAAAAAUUUAUCCGCGGAACUACACAGCUGGGAUAUGUUGGAACUAUCAGAUCACAAAUCUUCAGAUUGUUUUGAAUAUCCCAAAAAAAUCCCUACUUAAUCAAGCUACCGAAAAAAAUACCUGCCAAAAUUUCCAACCCGAAAAAAUCCUUUGACCAUCCUUGUCACUUGAAAUCCGGAGUACACAUCAAUCUCUCAAAUGUCAAACUUGACAUUCAUUGAACUAUUAUUAGUAUUUAGAGUAUAAAGAUCAUGAAAAGUUCGAUGCAAGGAUCCUCCAUUUGGAUUAACAGAUUUGUAUAUUAGGGUUGACUUCAAAUUUGAAGAGGCGUGACAGUUAUCGUACAGCGCUUUUGUCGAGCCCUGCUUUUGUCUUUUGUGGGUCAUUUGUGAACAAUUGCUAAAAGAAUUAAAUUACUAUGUCGUUACUAUGUUGACCAAUCAGCUCUUGUUGGCCAGAUCCCAGACAAUUCUAUGUCAUGAGUAGGGAAUGAUUGGGGGCCAAAUCGCUUUUGUGUCUCCCGUGAAACAUCCCUAUGGCCAUGAGUGAAGAGAGAUGGCUCUGUUUCAAGCUACCUUUUUUAUUUAUCUGAGGAAAGACUAUAGCUAAGAAAAGGAAUGAUUGCGACGAAGUGAAAACCUUUCUUGCUUCCGUAUCCAACAUUCCCGAAAGCACAAAUUUUAGUUUUCAUGUGCCAGGAAUGCUCACGGACCAUUAACCAANGACACAGACGACAAUUAUCCCGGUUUUAGGAAUGGCAGUAACAGUUAGUCUUUACGCAAAGAAUUUCGUUAGGUUUCUUGAGUGAAAACCUUGCCAUGUUUGGUAAAUAACUAAUCGUCGACAUUGGGAUAAUUUGCACGUUGAGGAGAAGAAAAAGAGCCAAAAAUCACCGACUGUUGCAGUUACAGACAAUGUAAACAAUGCAAAUUGACAUGAAACACACGCAGUUCCGAUCGUGCAUAUCUAAUAAAAUACUUGCCAUGAACACAUAAAAAUAAAAAUAUCGACAAGAAAUUGUGACUAGUUUGAUUGUAAUUUGUGGCUUUACAGGCCUGAAAAUACGCUUUUUUUAUUUUUGUCAUGAGCUAUUUAAAACGGCUUGAAUAUGCUGUGAGAAAUAUUAUUUUUUGCGUGGGAUCAACUUCCACAAAUUUAGCUUGACGUGACCAGGUAUUCUCGUUUUUUUCCAGUUCGAAAAGGGGCGAGAAAAAACACAAAACAAAAAAAACAGGUUAGAUUUCAUUCACCCUCGAUGUUUCACGGCAUGAAAAAGUGUUCACUCUUAAUUUCACGGCGUGAAAGUUUACACCGGUUAAAUAAUCACGGCGUGGAAGUCUCAACUGAUCUUUCCCAACAUGAUCAGUUUCACACCAAGAGUGAAAAAUUCUCGCAAGGAGUGAACGGGCGUGGAAUUUGAAAUUCACGCCGUGAAAACUCUAAUUCACGCACCGUGACCGUGAAAAAAAUUCACGGUUUUUAGUGAAAUCCAUAAGCCCCCUUUUCGCAUGAAGGGUCACAUUUGGAAACAAUUGCUAAAAGAAUUAAAUUACUAUGUCGUUACUAUGUUGACCAAUCAGCUCUUGUUGGCCAGAUCCCAGACAAUUCUAUGUCAUGAGUAGGGAAUGAUUGGGGGCCGAAUCGCUUUUGUGUCUCCCGUGAAACAUCCCUAUGGCCAUGAGUGAAGAGAGAUGGCUCUGUUUCAAGCUGCCUUUUUUAUUUAUCUGAGGAAAGGCUAUAGCUAAGAAGUGGAAUGAUUGCGACGAAGUGAAAACCUUUCUUGCUUCCGUAUCCAACAUUCCCGAAAGCACAAAUUUUAGUUUUCAUGUGCCAGGAAUGCUCACGGACCAUUCACCAAAUCUGGAAUAUAUCUGGAAACUGUCAAUACUUCUGACUGCCCCAAUGCCUUGACCAUCCCAGAUCACCAGGGAUAUCUACUAAUUUCAGUGUUCAUUAGUCAGCAGAAGCUGGAAUGGUUGGGAAAAAGUGAAGUUCUCAGUCUGUCUGGGAUUAGUCUCAUAUGAAAACCAGCCAGGUUUCGUUACAUUGGGAAAAUCCCAGAAAUCAACAAUUUUGCUGUUUAUUAAGGGUUUUGACCGCUAUGUUUAGUUGUUCUCUUGCCUGCGACAGCAUCAUUAUGAUUUACACUUAUUUAAAAGUUGACAUUUCGAAUGCUGACACUGACAUCUUCCUUAUCUCAUAUUUAGGGCUAAUCUUUGUUGUGGAUAGUAAUGAUCGUGAACGAGUUGGGGAAGCUAGGGAAGAAUUAAACAGGAUGCUAAAUGAAGAUGAACUCAGAGAUGCUAUUCUUCUUGUUUUUGCAAACAAACAGGUAAAACUGUAAAGAAGAAAAUGGAGCAGUUUCUGCAUGACAAGUGUGUGCAUUGCACAUGUAUGACUUUUGAACAUGAAUCAUAUACACAUAUGGAUAAACAUUAUUUUACAGAAUUUAGGCAAUGUAUUAUUAGCAUGAAUGUCCCCAAGAUUAAUGAGUCAUUUAAGUUUAAUUGCCUUAUGCUGACUAUUAAAGAAGAAAUCUGCAGAGUUGUAGGGAUCAAAAACCAAAUUGCAUUUAAACUUAAUAAAUAAAUCAUUGCUUUCAGCUCUCACACACUGUAGCUAAAUUGAGUGUCUUCCUUAAUUACGUAGAUGUAUUCCUUUUACUACUUAUUUUCUCUAUGUUAACAACAAAUCACAAAAUUUUACCCUUGGGGAGUUCAAAUAAUUUUGCUUUGUUUACUCACGUGUUUUCUUGAAUUCUUAUGUGUGACUCACAGUCCUUUGUUAUGUAUGUUUUUUUCAGGAUUUGCCAAAUGCCAUGAAUGCUGCCGAAAUUACUGAUAAGCUAGGCUUGCACAGCUUACGAAAUCGUCAAUGGUACAUUCAAGCAACUUGUGCAACAAGUGGUGAUGGUUUAUAUGAAGGACUUGACUGGCUUUCUAAUCAGCUGAAAAAUGCAAAGUAACAUAACUGAAUCACAAUGAAAUAAUAAUAGGUAGAAGGUUACUCUGGCCUUGAAAACUCCAAAGUUCCUUAUGUCAAAGAAGAAUUACAGUCCUUACUUUAUUUUUUGAGCAGAUUACAUGUAUGUUAUUUUGUUGGCCUCGGAUGUUCAAAAGUUGGAUAGUGCCCUUCACUUGGUAAGUCACUACCUAGUGGAUAAAUAGUGGGACAAACAGUUGCGCUAUCCACUGGAAAGAAAUUUAUCCAUUAGAUAGCGUUAUCCACCUUUUGAAAAACUGGGGCCUGAUUUUUGUGUUGUUACUUGGUUUGAGAGUUCACAGCAUGAGGCUUUCAAACUUUAGUUUUUUUGUCAGAUAUGUACAGUACAAGGCAAGGUUCCUUUUAAGCCCCAAAAGUGAUUGACAUCGAUUUUUUUGCUAACAUUGUUAAUGCAUAACCAAGAGGAAAGGUGAAGAGUGUUAAUAAAAUGGUCGCAAAGAGGAAAAAUGCUUUGAUCUUUCAUUAAAAUAAUUAUCUGAACUAAUUCUGUAAGAAAAUGUAUGGAGAACAGUCUGGAGAAUUUGUUUGUGGAUGUUGGGACUUAAAAGACACAGUGUUGAGCCACCUUCUGUCAUCAGGAGUUAGCCACCAAGUUUAGGUACUGUUUAAAGAUCUAGUAGGAGUGUAUUUUCAGGUUUAAAAACUCGAGUCUAAACCGAGAAUUUUUACACCUGAUAAUACAUGACUGCAAGUCUUCUGAAUGGCUUCAAAAUCUCUGAUAUAGAUCAACUCAUUCUUGGGGUUAUAUUUAUGUUUGGGAUUAUUUUGGUCUAAAAAAUCAGUCAAAAAGUUAAGUCGCGUCUAUCAGAUUUAAAGACACUCCCAUUAAAGAUUAACGUCUUUUGUUUUUUCUUUAUGAAUUAUUAAUGAGUUUUUGAAUGAAAUGUAAAGGACCAUUUCAGUAACAAAAGCAAAUAUGUGAGAUGGAACAGCUGAAAAAAAAAUCAAAAAUGCGGCCUGUUAGUUCUUCAGAGUUAACCUUUCAAGUGCCAAGAGUGAGCAACAUCAAAUUUCUCCUUUUAUUAUAUAUUGUAAUCACUAUCUGUCUUCUCAUUGGCUAGGAGCCUACAGUUAAUUUCAGAAAUCAGCGCAACCUACAGAUUAGUAGCAGGUAACUUACUAAACUGUAGGUUGUGCGCACAUUCCAUUUUUCUAAGAGUAAUGUCAAACUGUGUUGCAAGCAGUGCUGUGUUUGUCCUUAUUUUGUUCAAAGCAGUGUAUAAUAAAACAGUUAUUACUGGAUUCGGGUUUUGUGAUAUCCUAAAUAAUCUAGGUCUUGGUAAGUAUUUUCAGCCUCGGCCUUCAGCUCAGCUGAUAACACUUACCUUAACCAUAGUUAGGAGAAAAGGUUAGGAUAACUUAAAGGAAAAAUGCUUUGAUCUUUUUUUUUUUUUUUAAAUUUCUCAACCAAUUCAUUCAAUGUAUUGAGGCCAGUCUGGAGAAUUAAUAUCUGGGGUUUGUAAUUUUUUCAUUUUAAGAGAUUGUGUCAUUUAAAAGCCAUUUCUUUGCACAGCCUUACAUAAUUACUUGGCAUCUAGUAAUAUAUUGGCAGACUAAGAAGACAAAGUUUUUUGAAAUUUUGUGUGGUUUGCAUUUUCUAUGUUCCACUUUCUAGCAGCAAUAAACUCUUCUGAUGACCUAACCCUUUGAUAACUGGAGGCACCAAGUGAUAUCAAGCUAUGAGUUAUCUCUUGCCACCAUAGUUUAGUUGUAGAGGAAUUUCCUGAAAACUUCAAGACAAUUGACCACUACAGAAAACACUGUAACAUACCAUAAUGUUCUUUGUUUGUCACCCCACAAUUUUGCAUAAGCAUUGUCUUCAGUUUCUUUUGGGAGUUAAAACAUGAGCAUUAUUUUGAAGUUAUUCAUACAACUCUUUCAAAAUUAUUGUUGCAUGGAGACACAAAUGUGAGAUUUUCACAGCCGUCCAAUGCUGUAUGUACAGUACCAUAAUCACCACGAUGAGUGAAAAAUCCUGCAUUUAGGAAUUAUGGCUUGAUUUUCUUGCCUUAAGUGUAAACACUGGAUUAUUGCUCCAUGUGCUGGGUUAUUUUCUAGAUUCUCUUUUGUGUAUAGCAAUUUAGGAUAAAAAUGAUUGAACAUUAAAUUUACAUUAUUUUUCAAAUGUAUUGCAAAGUCAUUUUAUUAUUCUUUGCAAGGAAUUAAUGAUAUUGUUUCAUGUAAAAUCAGAUUGAAAUCUGAAAAACAUUGUAAUGUCCAUGUACUUGAGAUGCCUACCUCAACGUUUUCUGGUUUUUCACACGGCUCUUGAAAAUGUUCCAAGUGCUGUAGCUAUACUUUCCCCUUGUACCACUCCUGGGAAAACCUUCUUUAGCCGGCGUUUUUCUUGGGGUGAGAGAGAAUGGGGCGGGAAGCUCACUUAGCUUGUAUGUGCGCCUGAACAAAAGCGCCAGCUAGGCAGGCUAGUAAAUGUUUAAUUUUUUCAGCGUGUGAAUAACAUUUCUUUUGCUCACGAUUUGCAAAGAAAAAAAAUUGCCGCAAAGUUUUGUACACAAAGAUUCACUCCACUGAAGUAGAAUGCCAACUGGUGUUGUAGAGAAAAUGGCAUUGUUGAUACCAGGGGACACAGGGUAUGAAGCACUACUUCAGCCACAAAACGAGGAACAGGAACUGCCUCCCUCAGGCUUUCCCGAGAAGCGCGGGAGCUGGAGACAAGUGAGCUCUCCUCUUCCCAACACCCCUUUCGCCGCCGCUUUCCUUAACAAAGCCCCGUGCAAACGGACGCAACAUUAUUGACCAACAGCUCCCAACAUUGUUGGAUGUUACAUGUUGCGUCUGUUUGCACACCCUGAUGAAUGUUGUGGCGUGUUGCUGGGAGUUGUUGCGCAAAGGUUGAAACCGGUCAAACUUUUUACUGCAAACGGAGGCAACAACUCCCAACAGUGUUGCGUCCGUUUGCACGUAGCUUGAUAAACGCUUCCUUUAGGUUGUAAAACUUUUAUUAGAUGCCCCUCUCUACUAAACGCCGCCCGCCCCCCUGCCCCCUGCCCCUGUCUAAUAGACGCCCCCUAUGAGAAUUACUCCAAAAUCCUAUGAAGCAGCACAGGGCACCCGCACAAUGUCUGGGUACCCUGUGAUUUACCGUUAGUAUUCCCUAUAAAUCAAUAUUAAAUAAACGUUGAAUUACCUUAACUGUGGUAUAUUGUCGUUCUUUUGCCUCAAAAGCGGUUUUUUGAGCGAUUUUGAAGGAUUUUGAGUUCGCCGUUUACGUUCCUAAUAAUAGAAGGACAAGGGAGGAAUCCUUGUUUAGAAAGGGCUCUAGCGCCGGAGCGAUUUUCCCCCAGAAAAUCGCAUCGCUCCGCUUUCAAACUUCGCAGCGAAAAGGUUGAAAGAUUCACGCUUCUCCUCGUACCUUCCGAUCGAAAAUCCAUCCAAAAGGUCCGGAGCUAGCCCUCGAAGAAAAUUAAAAUCCCACUGUUAAGCUUUUGAGCAAACUAGAAAAACUACCGUAAAAUUCCGAAAAUAAGUCCCUCCAUGUAUAAGCUCCUCCAAAUAUAAGCCCCCCAAACCAGUAACGCAAAAAACCCUCCGUUAAAUCGUCCCUCCAAAAAUAAGCCCGCCAAAAAGUAUGUACUGCGUAGCUAGCGUUUCCAAUCGAGUUAUUGCGCGAAAGUUAGAGCGGAAGCGAUAAGAAACGGUUUUUUUUGCUCUCUUCCUAACUUUCUCGACGAACUUGCGCGGAAACGCUUGCUACGCAGGCUAGCCAAAAAGGGCCUUUGAAAAAUAUAAGCCCCGGGACUUAUUUUCGGAAUUUUACGGUUUCAAUGGAAAAAGGGAAUAAAGGUAUGCGGUUCCAAUAUUUCGGCUGACAAAAUUAGCCUUCAUUAGGGCCAGAGCUACACUCUAGUGAUAGGCAGAAAAAGACAAUAGGCGAAAAGUGCAGUCUUCCAAAAACAACAUUAAAAGGGUCGACAUACAGUGCUAUCGGUAUUUUCCUUGAAAUUCUUCCAUUGUCUUUAAACUUCUAAGCUCAGUUGAACUGAACAGCUUGGUGUUCCUGUGGUACAACCCGUGACUUCUCAUAUGGCAUGCAUACCUGAGAGGUCGCCGCCAUUUCCUCCGUAACAAGCGUCGGGUUGAACGUCAACUUUACUAGUCAUGGGUGCUUUCGCUAGCUUGUUUAAGGGUCUUUUUAGCAAGAAGGAGAUGAGGAUUCUCAUGGUUGGUCUUGAUGCCGCCGGGAAAACGACGAUUCUUUACAAGUUGAAGCUUGGUGAAAUCGUUACAACCAUCCCAACAAUUGGUAAACUUAAGUUAACGUUAUGUUACUCUUCGGGGGUUAUUCCACGGAUCAUGUUAUUAUAUCAGUCAUGUAACACGUUUGUCAACUUUUGUUUGCAGGAUUUAACGUAGAAACAGUUGAAUACAAGAACAUUAGUUUUACAGUGUGGGAUGUCGGAGGCCAGGACAAAAUUAGACCACUUUGGCGACACUACUUCCAAAACACUCAAGGUAGUAAAAUAUAGUUUACGACCAUUAUUUCUUUGAUUCGCUUUGCACUUUGCAUUUAGUAGCUCAUGUUUGCGAAUUGGCAGAUAAGCAUUGUUGUAUGUUUUGUUUAGGUCUAAUAUUCGUUGUGGAUAGCAACGAUCGUGAACGAGUAGCAGAAGCAAGGGAAGAAUUAAGCAGAAUGUUGAAUGAAGAUGAACUCAGAGAUGCUGUUCUUCUCGUAUUUGCCAACAAACAGGUACAAAAUUAUCAUGAAAACACCUAAAACUACAACAAACGAUAUCAUAAGAAUGUCGAAUCCUGUUCCUUUAAUGUUUUAUUAUAUCAAGUGUUUAAUGUUCCUCAACUACCCUAUUUAUUAAAGAGCAAGAGCUUACGAGGGAUAUUCGUACAAAAUUCAUUUCCUUUGUCCGGAAUUUUUUUUUUAAUGGAUCUUGUCUUACAGCCAAGUGUUUUCAUUAAUUACAUAUGGCAAUAAGGAAUAAAUACAUAAGUCAUAUAAACAAUUACUGCUGGUUUGUACAUAAUGUCACGGCGGCAAUGUUGGAGGUCAAGAACAAAAGCAUUUCCCUCCCCUGGGAACUAACUCUAUUUUCAUGUAAAUUCUUUGACAAAAAAUUAUACAGUGAAACCUGUAUUAAGCGGACACUGUAUUAAGUGGACACCCUCUAUUAAGCGGACAGUAGCCGAAGUCCCCAAAUGUAUUUCCCCUAUUUUCUUUAAAUGAAACCUUUAUUGAGCAGACACCUAUUAAGUGGACGUGGAUGCCUAAAAAGUACCUGAAAUGGUCAUUUCUAUUGUUUCCAACCUGUAUUAAACGGACAGUGUAACUGAAUUCCACCAACCAACAUGCCAGACACCGGAAAUGCGAAAGAUUGCCAUCCACAAAUUUUUCAAUGUUUACAUUAAAAAACGUGACUUGACGAACUUAUUUGAUUAGUUUCACAGUACAGUAUUGUUUUCUAUUUCGUUUUGUUUGUAUAGAGCUUGUUUCACUCAUCCGAUUUCUUCAAAUUUGAGUUGCAAUCUAUGUUUAUGGUACUAUGAUCAAUUGAUCCACUUAAAUAAAGACAUUAUUGCAAACAUAUAUCGUCAUAGUCUCUGGGAGUACAGCUAAACGUUUCCACCGUUCAUUUGAAUGGCAUUUGACACCUCAAAUGACUUUAUCUAUCGAAACCUGUAUUAGGCGGACACCCUGUAUUAAGCGGACACCACAGCAUUCCCCGAGGGUGUCCGCUUAAUACAGGUUUCACUGUAUUCGUAUUGACCCCUUUGUCACAUGGUGGCAAGCCAAGAAUUAUUAUAUAGUCGAACCUCCAUAUGUGACCACCUAUCCAAAACACCAAAACGUUCCCAGUCAAAGCCUUCCAGUUGGAACCUCUUGUCAACGACCACCUCCCAUAGGGAACCGCAAGCAUUAUCUGGGGCUUAUGGUUUAAUGAUUUUCCACCCUUUUUAACCUCUUGUAAGUGACCACAUGAUGAUUUGUCUGAUCUCUUAUGUUCGCUGUGUGUACUAUGCUACUUUGAAUUAUAUACAAAGAAUUUUAGAAUCAACAUGGAACUCCACAUGAAAUUGCAUGCAAUUAAUUAGUUACCAUAAAGAUGAUGUGUCCAAACGUCUUCUCAGAAAAUACCCCUGUGGUUAGAUUCUUGUAAGCGAACACCUGUCAUAAGCGACCACUAGGUCUUCGCAUCUUAGGUGGUCAUUUACAGGAGGUUCGACUGUACUAGUAAUGAUAAUCAUACAGACAUCAGUAUUCUCUCCCCAGUCGCAUGCUUAGGGACCCCUCUGCUGGAAAAUAGGGGUCCUCAAAGAAACUUCACGGGGACAAAGUUAUUCUAAUUGGACAGUACAAAAUGCAGAUUGCAGACGAUUGUUUUCAGAGUUAGAAAACAAAGGUGCUAUAGUUGUCACGUCCUCAUUUGCAUGGUGAAAACAAUGGUCUGCAGCAGUCUACCAUCUGCAUUUUAUACUGACUGUUAUUCUAAUCUACUCUACCCUUAUCUGUUAUCAGUGAACACCAAGAACAAAGAACAAGAGCCCAUGCUCUUAAUAGUCUGUAGUCAGUGCGCUAUGAGUGACCCUAACAAUAUUUUUGUACAACCUUUUUGGAACAGCGGUAGUAUCAUUAUGCUUACGUUAUUUAUUUAUUUUUUUUUUUUUAGGACUUACCAAAUGCAAUGAAUGCAGCUGAAAUAACGGACAAAUUAGGCUUGCAUAGCUUAAGAAACCGUUUGUGGUACAUCCAAGCAACGUGUGCAACAAGCGGAGAUGGAUUAUAUGAAGGUCUUGAUUGGCUUUCCAAUGAGUUGAAAAAGAGAAAAAACUAAAAGUAAAAGUUAGAAAAAGUUUAUAUGCAACAAGACACAUUUGGGAAUGGCCAUUGGGCUGAAAACAGUGAAAACAUUCAUUGACACUAAAAUAACUGUGGUUGUAGCCUGUUCCAGGGUCUUAGAUAGUACUUAGGGAUAACGCAUAAGUAAAACACACUUGAAAAUAUGAGUGCGUGAUCGGGAAAAAGGGAGCAGUGGCGGGAAAAAGAAAGGAUGUGACCUUCCCCGCCCUUCCUCUCCCCAGUUUCCUCCUGUUUUAUUUCAUGUUUGCGCUUUCUCAAUUUCAUAGACCCAAUUAUCUCGGAGCCUGGAACAGGCCAUUGUGAUUUCUCUCAUUAUUACUUUCAAUUUCAUGUAUGUAAGCCAUCCAUUUUCUUACAUUGUACGUAGAGAUUGUUCUGUUUGGCUUUUGUGACGCACUGUACUUGUGGACAAUUUAUUUCAAAAAGAUCGAAUGGAUGUUUAUGUGAUGUUGAGUAAAAAUAAUUAUUCAAAACCAGUUUUGGGCAAUCUUUCAACUCUUAAGAACAUUUGGUUCAUUGCAGUGUUGUGAGAGUGUUAAAGCUAAU